GCAAAAGUCGGCCACAAGCUCCAAGCCACGGCCCAAUCGCCGGCUGACACUCUCAAGAACCUGCCUCCCUCCCCCUCUGGAUCGCUAUCCCUUUUCUAGUGCUCAGGGAAAGCUAGCUCGAGAGCUGGGAGAAGGAAAAACAAAUCCUCAGAGAGGUUGAGCAAGAACCGAGGCGGAUCGCUUUUUGUCCUCCUGCCAGGGGCUAGCCUACCACGGGAGAUCAAGAAGAGGCGCUAUCCAGUGAUCUGAGCUGAGCUGCGGCCAGGAAGGAGGAGAAGAAGAGGAGAUGAUGCGCGAAACGUAUAUGGAGGUGCUGCCGCCGAUGGACCACAUAGCCUCGCGGAACAGCUGGUAUCAUCCGGCUGUGCGCAUCUGGACGGCGGAGGAGAACAAGCAGUUCGAGCGGGCGCUCGCCGGGCUCGACCUGCGCUGCCCGGACUGGGAGCAGGUGGCGCGGGCCAUCCCCGGCAGAACGGUCCGCGAGGUCGUCCAUCACUUCAAGAGCCUCGAGGUCGACGUCCAGCAGAUCGAGAACGGCAUGGUGCCCUUCCCGUUCUACGGCGGCGGCGGCGCCGCCGGCUCGUUCACCCUGCAGUGGGACGGUAAUGGCGGCGGCGGCCCCGGGGACUUCAGGCACGGGUACCGGUUCGGCGGAGGCUGCGGGAAGCGGCACCCCGGCCGCACGCCGGAGCAGGAGAGGAAGAAGGGCGUGCCAUGGACCGAGGAGGAGCACAAGUUGUUUCUCUUGGGCCUCAAGAAGUAUGGCAAGGGGGAUUGGAGGAACAUAUCCCGCAACUUCGUUCAGACCAGGACACCUACUCAAGUUGCCAGUCAUGCGCAGAAGUACUUCAUCAGGCUCAACUCCGGAGGCAAGGAUAAGAGGAGAUCAAGCAUUCAUGACAUCACAACUGUUAACUUGACGGAUGACCGGCCUCCCUCGCCAUCACAAUCCUCUCUGAUCACCAACCAGUCGAACACAUCAGCUCCAACCACAGCAGUUGGCCAGUUCUCAUUGACAGCAGACGUCAAGCAGCAUAGCACUGCGAAUUUGCCCUUCAAUUCACCAAGCCGGACUCCUGUGAUGCCAACUUUCGGGAUGGGUUUGCAAGAUCAAGGUCUGCAGUGUGGCCCUCUACAUGAUCAGCUGGUUGGCAACCAGAGCAUGCUGUUUUAGGAGCAAUCCACUGCGCACCAUGGAUCAGAUGUCUAGUGUAUAAUACGGUCUUUCUGUAGCUUCAGUACCUGUAUUGAAGUAAUUAGUCGUGGGAAUUGUUCGGAGCAUAACAGAAAGGGGAUCUUCGUGCUAUGGUGGUCCAUAAUUGUUGGUGAUACUGAGAAUGUAACGAAAAGAACUUCAACAAGGAAUUUGAUGCCUUGAUAUGUUCAGAAGGUUACUUGAGUGGUAGUGCUGACUGCUGAGCAGAGGUCAUACAUGCUUAUGAAGUGGACUGCAUUCAAUCAUGGAUCCUGCUUUUGCUCGAGAUGGAUGAGCAGAACCGAGUUCUAGAUUCGUCUGGUCAGCUGAUGUAUCGGUAACCUUUGGUGACAUCUGAUUCUGAAUUUCUGAACUGAUGCCUUAUAUUGAGGGUUUGAGGAUUCAGAUCAUUCUGUACUCCAGACAUGUUUAUCCACAGUAAUCAAUUUACCUAUUGGUGCCCGCCCAAAUUUGUGUUUGGA